UGCCCGGUCUGUAUGCUCUGUUUGCGUUCGUAGUCGUGCUUGCGCGUGGAAGGUUGUCUUCAGCGAUGACGUGUCCUGUCGAAUCGACGUUGUGCCCGACGAAUACAACUUGCUGCGAAUCCGUCUACUCACUAAGCGGCUACGGCUGCUGCCUACUGCCUAACGCAGUCUGCUGUGAAAACCGACAAUCCUGUUGCCCUACGGGAUACAUUUGCACAAAUACUACUAACAGCGGAACAGCUUGUAAGAAAGAGGACGGACACGGUGUGUUAAAUGGUGACGAGUUGAACUUUCCCUGCGGUCAGUUUCAAGGACAAGACUGCAAAUCGUCGACUAUCUGCAAUCCUGGACCGGAGUACAACGCCAGCAGUUCGCAACCGACUUGCCUCAUCUUGGGCGACUCCGUCAGUAUUGGCUACACUCCUUUUGUCGUCUCCAAGCUGAAUGGCUCCUGCUUUGUUCAGCAUUCGCCAUGGAGCACCGACGGCGGUGCCUGCUCGACGUCGUACGCUCUAAGCUGCAUAAACAUGUUUACGCGUACAGCACGGCUAAAUCCAAUCCGGCCAAAUGUCUAUCUCUUCAAUUUUGGACUGCACGAUUACAACUUGGGCACGGGGGAUUUCUUUAAUGAAUACGUUGCCGAGCUUACAAAAAUACGAGACCACCUGUUGCAGUCGGGGGCAAAGCUUCUGUGGGCGACGACCACACCCGUGCCGUACAGCCGAGACGUCAAUACUGUUGUGGAGAUACUCAACAAGAUGGCUUUAGGUCAUGUCAUUACUCCGGCGCGUAUUCCGAGUGUCGACCUGUAUCAGGCGGUCAUUGCUAGGUGUGGACCAUCGCCUUUCUGGAACUGCUCUAUUUCGCUCAAUCGUCUGGGCAGUCCGAAUGUGCACUACAACUCGGACGGCUACCAGUACUUAGCGUCGCUCAUAUCUCCAGCAAUCGAGAAGCUGCUCCAUUCACAGUAGAACAAAU